CACAUAAUUGUACGAGCCCGAGACAUUUUGAGGCGUUACAAAUGCCGUCCGGGAUGUUUAUUUUAAUGAUAGGCCAUUACUAUACCAUAUUUUUUAUUGUUCUGAUGCCAAAAGAAAAUGUAGAAGCAACAAAUGUUUCAGUGGCAAAACUGAAAAGUUCUUAUAAUUUUGGCAAAAGCUUUCUUGGACUUAAUAAGUGUAAUGCCUGCGUUGGAACCUCAGCCUGCAAGAAGUUCUUUAAGGAAGAGAUCAGGUUUCAGAACUGGCUUGCUCCACAUCUGCAGCUUCCCCCUCCCGAUCUUCAGAGUUACUUUGGGAACUAUAGUGAUGAUGGAGAAAGCUGGAGACCUGUUGAGAUAUCUCGGAUGUCUAGUAAGAGGCAACAUGACUUGUCUGACCAAAGGAUCUGCAACAGUUUCACCAAGAGGAAAACUUGCAGCAUUGAAGGGAUGCUAAGGAGGACAGAGAGGUUUCAGAAGUGGAUGGCAGCUAAACGUCUUACCCCAGAUUUAGUGCAAGGUCUACCAGUUCAAGUUCUUCGCUGCCCCUCCCAGCGUCUUUUAGAUAGAAUAAUUCGGCGCUAUAGUGAAGUGUUUGAUGCUGGUAGCGUGUAUAUGACCCACCUGACAGACAAGGACAGAUUGAGGUUGCUGUACACACUCUCAGUUAAUACGCACCCAAUUGUUUUACAGAUCUUCCCGACAGCAGAGGGAUGGCCUUUUUUACAUUAUUUAGGUUCAUGUGGGCGGUUGUUUGUGAGCGCAAGCACUCUGACAUUGUCAUCCUUCAAUAUCUCUGGUUCGGACGUGGCAGCAGACCUGGCAUAUCAGCUUCUUCAAAUCAUUCACCACUUAAGUGCCAACGACUUGAAUUAUUUCUUCUACUUCACAUCUAUUGAUGGAACUACUUUUGGAAUAUUUAGAGAUGGUCGCAUGUUUAUAAGAGACACAAGUAAGAUGGGCAUUAUUGACAAACAGCAAGAUCAAUCAGAGUACGAAAGGAAAAAUGAAGAAACCGAUGUUUUCAGCUGUCUAUCAUCUGAUUGUCCACCAACGCUUUUGUCUUGUGCCAAUAUUACUGAGAAACAGAACAUUAUACUAGUAUGUAAGGAUCUCCUGCCUUAUUUAAUAGCAGGGAAAUUUCCUGAUUUUACCCAGAAGAAAAUUGAUAGACUUCUUAAAGAUUGCCCAAAUAACAUUGCCAAUGACCAGGAGGCAAGGACAUUUACUAAUGAACUAAUAGAGAUUCUGAGACCUUGGAGAAGAUGUGAUGCCAGAUUUUCAUACAGAUAUCCAGACUGUCAUUUAUGCUCAGGUGAACAGUAGACAGCAAUAAUUAUACCUACUUGCUGCUGCAUAGCAAGUAGGUAAACUCUAAGAAGAACACAGCAACAAUAUGAGCGCCAUAUUACUUUCACACAGAGAUGCUUAUGUACUGAAGAAAGAAAAUAGCUGAUAUCAGCCUCACAUUUACAAGUAGUUCAAAGAAAAAGAAAAUUUCCUUAGGGAGGAACCCCUGGGUACUACUUCUAUUAUGGAGACCAGUUGAUACAUAGUGACGACUAUUGUAGGUUAGACAACGCUCCUCUGGAUAAAAUGUAUGCAAAUUAUCAUUUCUAUUAUCUGCCAGCGUCAGUUAUGUUUAGGAAAGCUAAUUUAAAUGUUUUUCCCAGCAACCCAGGGGGGGCAUCACCUGCCCUACAAUGCUACACACACAUACUCAGCAUACCAGGCACAUCACAUGCCCUAC